AAUCACGAGCGUCUAGCCAACUAGGCACUACCAAACAAGAUAACAUCACAAGAUAUUUUCCACAUCCCACUAUCCCAGAAUAUCCUCUUUAACCCAUGGUUAAGCUAACUCACCUACCCUUAACCAUGGUUAAUUAUCCCAAUCCUCACUAAACCCACACUCGCCCCAAACCUUACUCCAGUCCUAUAAAAUCCCUCAUUUCAACAUCACAAAUUCCAUCGCUUCCUAUUUCCUUCUCUUCUUACGAUCAAAUUUAGGGUUUCGAAUUUUCUAUCCUCUUCCUCAAAAAUGUCUGACGGCGCUGAACACAGAUGUUUCGUCGGCGGCCUUGCAUGGGCCACCGAUGAUCAAGCUUUGGAGACUGCUUUCAAUAAAUUCGGUCCGGUCGUUGAUUCGAAGGUAAUUAACGACAGAGAAACCGGCAGAUCUAGAGGAUUUGGAUUUGUGACUUUCGAGACCAAAGAUGCUCUUGACGCUGCAAUUGAAGGAAUGAACGGUCAGACACUUGACGACCGUCAGAUCACUGUCAACGAGGCUCAGUCUCGCAGUGGUGGUGGAGGCGGUGGUGGCUUCCGCAGCGGUGGAGGAGGUGGUGGUUACGGAGGAGGCGGUCGUCGGGAAGGUGGAGGCGGCGGUUACGGAGGAGGUGGAGGUUAUGGAGGAGGAGGCCGUCGUGAAGGCGGUGGUGGAGGUUACGGAGGAGGUGGUGGGUAUGGAGGAGGAGGAGGCCGUCGUGAAGGUGGAGGUGGUGGUGGUGGUUACUCCCGUGGCGGUGAAGGUGGUGGAAGCUGGAGGAGUUAGGUUUUUUUACCUGACCUUCGCAUCACUAUCAUCUAUGUUAUCGUUUUUCAGUUAAAAAAAAGGUUCUGUUUUACUGAUACUCCGUAGAUGGUUAUCAUUAGGUGAUACCGGAUUCUGAGUUACUUUAAUGUGAUGGAUCCUUAAUUAAAGGGUGUUAUGGUUGAUUGUAUUACUUUGUAGUGAGGAUGUUGCUGUUAGUUUGUAAUUAAAUGGAUAGUGUCAGCCUUGAAAGUAAUGAAAAAAAAUGAUCGAAUGCCAAAUAUUCUGUGUUAAA